AUGCUUAAAACUCAAAAAAAUACCACUGAAAGGAUUAAAAAUAUGUGUCCUCCAUCAUCAGGAGCUCUUCCAGCUAAUUUUCCUGGAAUACAAAAAGAAGCACUCAUAUAUUGUCAUCGCCCUCCUAAAUAUUUUGAUUUGCCAACAACUUUUUUCCAUCCAACUUUUAACAAAUUCCUUAAUCACUAUAAUGAUAAAACUCUCAAUAUACCUAAAAAAAUCUGUGAGGGUGUGUUCUACUUUGUAGAAGAAAUGGCUGAAAUUUUUUCACAUGAAAAACCUCGUAAAAAAAUAUUACAUGAUUUCCUAAGAGACUGCCUUGAUUUAAAUCCUUUGGAGUUGAUCCUUGAUGAUGAUUCAAGCAAUGACGGUGUUGUAUUGUUGGUAGAAAAAUAUUUGGGUAUUGUAAUUGAAGUAAAGGCAGAAAUAGGCAGUGGAAAAUGUGAUCCUUACUUACAAGGAAGUUUAGAAUAUAGUAAAUUUUGGGCACAGGAUCAAUUUAAAGAUUUCAAAGAAAAUUGUAAUUGUCCAUCAUUUAUUAUAUGUUUAGCUGGUCCAUGGAUAUGUAUAGCUUCAGCCAUUUUUUUAGAUCGGAUAAUUAUAGAUCCAUUGACUGAUUUUAUUCCAUUACAACCAGCAUUUGAUAAUUAUGGUCUUGAUCGAAUUUCUAGGUUAUUUUUUGCAUUGAAAUCUGCAAUUAUUGAUUUAAAGGAAUUCUAUAGAAAGAUAGAGGCACAGAAAGUUUUUCAUGGACACCAGAAUUUUUUUCCAUAUGUAAAUACAUUUGUUCAAGAUGGAAGGGAGGUAAAAUUUAUUUACACAGAACACAUUUCUAGAGGUGUAUACAAGGCAAAGAUUUCUAAAAAUGGUCUAGUUGUUAUUGUUAAAUUUUCUAGAAGGUACAAUGCUGAUGCUCACAAAUUGUGUGCUGCUAUGGGAUUUGCACCAAAAUUGUUACAUGUUGAUACAGAAAAGAUGCAAGAAUGGAUAAUUAUAAUAAUGGAGUAUGCUCAUAAUGCAAAACAAUUGCAAGAUAGUCAUCUUGAUUUGGAACAAAAAAAGCUUAUAUUAAAGGAAAUCAGGGCUGCAAUUGACCUUCUCCAUGAAAACAAUAUUGUGUUUGGUGAUUUCUGUUCAAAUAAUAUUUUAAUAUAUGAAAAGGUGCAACAAGUACAUGCUCUAUUAAUAGAUUUUGAUUGGUCUGGAGUUUCAGACAAAGACAGAUAUCCAUUUUUCAUGAAUUAUGAUAUAACUUGGCCAACUGGUGCUGGAGAUGGAGAAAUUUUAAGAAAAAGUCAUGAUGAAGAAUGGUAUAAACAAUUAGAAAAAUUAUUAGAAAAGUGA